AUGAGUGGUGAUACUGAUGGAAAUAAGGAGUUCCAUGAGCAGCUCCGGUUGCAGCAGCUGUAUGGCCAGAGACAGGGGGGCGGAGCUGACCCUAACACCUUCGUGGACCCAGAGGAUGGGACAGUGUAUGACUGGGACCAUGACAAGAAAGCAUGGUUUCCUAAAGUGUGUUACCGUCACGUCUUCUGCUUAGCUAAAACCUUACAUUUCUGUCUGCAAAAACUUGAUGUUGUAAUACAGGGAUGGGCAACUGGCGGGACGGAUGCGGCCCCCCUUUUGUAGGCUUGCGGACCAAUUUCCCCCCUCCCCCCAAAAAAAGUAUAUAUAUUUUAUUUUUUGGGAACUCAGUCAGGUUCUCAACUGACUGUUGAGAUUUAGAAUAAUAUAAUUCACAAGGUGCAAUUUCGAAAUUUGCUUGUGCAUCAGCAGUCAUUCAAUUAGCCCAUGUCAGCAAACUUUUUUAGAUUGGUAGAUUAGUCUAGCGGCUAGCUAUCUAAAAUUGUAGGAAGCUUGUCGAAUAACCAACCGUGGUAGGGCCCAUUGAUCAUCAGUUAUCAUAUAACUGAUGAUCAAACAUUUUCCUCCAUCCUAUGACAAAAUGUGUAUAAUUGCAGGAAAUUAGCUAUAAAACUGCACAUUUUUCUCUCCGCCCCAUGGCAAAAUGUGUAGAAUUGCAGCAAACUUGCUUUACAACUGCAAAAAAAUUUUUACGCCCCAUGGCAAAAUGUGACAGAAUUGCGGGAAACUAUUGGGGAUGUGGGUACGCGGACCCAUGAGCCACUGCGGCCCUUCAUGAUGAGUUCAGAUUUUUUGUGGCCCCCACCCCCAUCAAAGUUGCCCAUCAAUGUUUCUAAUGUUAUGUUUCUAGAACUUUUAGAAUUGCCAUGCCCCCAUGUCAGUUUUCAUGAAUCACCUUUUUUUGUGAGAAUAUGUUUAAAAUAUAGUGGUUGGGGUAAUUCUGGUCUUCUCGUCCAGAUAACAGAGGACUUCCUUGCUGCAUAUCAAGCUAACUACGGCUUCACAAAGGAUGGGGAGCAUGAUCCAAAUGCUGCAUGUACACCUAACACAGACACACCAGCCAAGCCAGAGGAGGGGAAGAAAGCAGAGAAGCGCACUGACACGGAACAGCCGAAAGAGGGCAAAAAGGAGAAAGGGGAGAAAAGGAAGGCAGAUGCAGCAGGUACAGGAUGUUUUACAUACAUGUUUUAGCAUGAAAUCAACAUGUGACUUGGUGUAUCCUCAAAGGGAAUACUCAAACAAACAUCAUUGUCUUUGCAGCCUGGUUUGAUGUGGAAACAGACAAGAAUACCAAUGUGUACGUGUCAGGUAAGUCUCCCUUCUCUGGAUAUGGCUACCAGACCUAGGUUCAAAUACUAUUUACUGUAUUUUAAAUACAGUACUUUCAAAUAAGUUUUGAAAUACUUUCAAAUACAUUUCGAAACAAUUAUUUAGACAAAGUUCCUUUGAAAAUACAAGUAGUUGAAUACUGGAAUUUAUUUGCAGGGCUCCAGACUAACAUUUUCUCCUGGUGGCACUGGCCUAUGAUUAUGUUUUUUGCAGCGUCACUCAAUAGAAAACAUGUGUAAUCAUCAUAUAAAGUUAUUCACAGUGCUUUAUUAAAAUGUGUAAUAGACUAAUGAGAUGGUAUCAAAAAAAUAAGUUGUUUUAUUUAACAUGUUGUGAUUAAAAAUAUUUUGAUGUGCAACCUAAUCCAGCGAAUGUCAUGAAUUUUGGGUUGACAAUAGGCUUUUGUUGUUAUAUUUUACUGUUAAAAUAGGGCUCCAGAAUGUUCCGAUUUAUUUUUGUUAAAUAUAAAUCUAUUUGCCUGCAUCUAUGUGCACUAAUAUCAAAGGCUAAUUCACGACCUGAGUAAAUGGAAACUCAAAACACAUUAGCUAGAUCGCUAGCACUAAAUAUAAUAUAAUACCCACUGCUAGUAGCCAUGCAUUAAUCUAACAAUAAAUAUAAUGUCCCAAAAAAUUUUAUAGCCUAUGCUACUACCCAAUGAGGCCUAUGCAAUCGGAAUGGCCAUUGCCCAUUUUGUGCGCUCCGUAUCUCAAAGCCAUAUCAAAUAUGUUGGCUGUAAAAUAGUUGCUAUUGAGCUCAAAAUUGAGAGUUGAAAAAACAUUUUAUACCUACAGAAGUCUGAGAACCUCCUCUCUUCAACCGUGACAACAGGAUAGCUGUGUUUUCCACGCAGUUGGAUUUUUAAAUGUUUUUACAAAAAUGAUCUCGGAGCAUUUUCCCCCCGGGAAAGGAGAGAGAGUCUCGCUCGACACAGUAUCAGGCCCCAGCGAAACAGGUACAGCGGUAGGAAGACACUUUCAUUACAAAUCAUGGUUUUAGCCUCCCAAAAAAUAGGACGUCUUUAGUGAGGUGGUGCGAUUUAAAUGGUCGCAGUCUUGGUCCCUGAUUUGGAAAUACGUUUUGAAAGUAUUGGCAUGUAUUUACAACUACUUCAAACGUAAGUAGUUGUUUUCGGCUGUGCUUUGGCCAGUGUAUUUGAAAAUACUCAAAUACACAGAAAAUAAGCGAUGCAAAUAUUUAAAUACAUGUGUAGUUUGAACCCAGGUCUGAUGGCUAUCAACACAGUUGAAUUGCACUGUUUAGGCAUAAAGGCAUUGUUCAGGCAAGUUCCUACUGUCCUUUCAGUCAGGGAAGUUCUUUCCUAUUCCUCAGGUCUUCCACCGGACAUCACCACGGAGGAGUUUGUUGAGCUCAUGUCUAAGUGUGGCAUUGUUAUGAGGGACCCCAUCUCUGAGGAGUACAAAGUCAAACUCUACAAGGACGGCCAGGGCAACCAGAAAGGGGACGGACUCUGCUGUUACUUAAAGGUGAGUGCUCUGGGCUUAGCGGUGUAACGGUUAAUUGUGUGUGUUUUGAUCUUAUGAGCAGUGUAAUCGAGAUGAUUAGUGUUCUCACGGUGUUAGUGGGAAAUGUCUGCGUGGAUCUCUUUGUUGCUAUGUGUCUAUUUCCAUGAGAGGAUGUGUGUAUGUUGUGUGGGGUGUAAAGCUUCUCCUCUCCCCCUCCCCUGCAGAAGGAGUCUGUAGCCCUGGCUGAGCGACUGAUUGACGAGUCAGAGAUCAGGGGUUAUCAGCUCCAUGUGGAGGCUGCCAGGUUCGAGCUCAAGGGUCAGUACGACGCCAGUAAGAAGAAGAAGAAGAGCAAGGAUUACCGCAAGAGGAUGAAGGCCCAGCAGAAGUAUGUCCCCUCCUGCUAAAUUCUGGAACUGGAAUUGGAAAAUGUCAAUGCAGUUGGCCCAGUAGGUGUCCCUUUUUUUUGGCUUUUGUGUGGCUCAUCUCUCACCGUUGGUCUGACUGACAGGCAGCUGGACUGGAGGCCAGAGAAGAAAGGGGAGGCGCGCAAAAGGCAUGAACGUGUGCUCAUUAUCCAGAACAUGUUCCACCCUAGUGACUUUGAGGUGAGCAAAUACCCCUCUCUCUCUCUCUCUCUCGCUCGCUCGCUCACUCACUCACAUCAACACACAUGACCACAAAGAGCUGGUGUGAAUAGAUAUAGAUGACUGGUGUGAGGACAGCAAAUACCCCCCAGAGCAAAUGACUCAUUUCAACUGAUUUAGACCCCUUUCUAUCGACAGCACUGUGGUGUUUUAGGGAGUCAGGCUUACGUCUUUCUCCAUCAGAGAUCAGGAAUGGUUGUGUUCUAGUUUAACAUCCCAACACUUCACCCCCACUCCUUUUCUGCACUAUAGUAAAGCUAUGUCCUGUAUCUCUGUCCCACAGGAAGACCCCCUGGUGUUAAAUGAGUACCGGGACGACCUGCGGACAGAAUGUGAGAAAUUUGGUCAGGUGAAGAAGGUCAUCAUUUUUGAUGUAAGUGCCUGCUGAUGGGAAUCAGCUCACUUAAUUUCUGUCACUUUGGUAUAAUUAAGCAAUAAGGCCUGAGGGGGUGUGGUAUAUGGCCAAUGGAUGGAAACACCUCUGGUGGGGAAAUUUGCAUAUUUCUUAAUGCACAUUUUCGAUUUUUCCCAUUAAAAUCUUUCUGUAAUUGGAGGGAAACCUAACUAGUGACAUGGUCCUAUGUCUUCCAUAGAGACAUCCUGAUGGAGUGGCCUCGGUGGCCUUCAAAGAGCCAGAGGAUGCAGACGUGUGUCAGAUAGCAUUGGACGGCCGCUGGUUUGGGGGCAAGAAGUUAUCAGCACAGCUGUGGGAUGGAUCCACUGACUACCAGGUAAGAACCAUGCUGUUGCCACAUUAGAAGCAGCUAUGGCCCACAUGUCAGCACAGAUGGGGCUUAUGAAGAGGCAUCGACAGGAGCCGGAUCAGUGGAGUCAAAUAGUACAGUUGUUAGGUCACUAUCACGUUAAAAGAUAACAGAGAGGCUUAAUACCUCGUGAAUUGUUUCCGGAACAUAGCAACCACCUCCAUAGUGAAUAUAACUGUGUUGACGUGUGUCUGUCUGUCUGCCUGUCUGUCUAUAGGUGGAGGAAACCACGAGGGAGCGAGAGGAGAGACUGAAAGGCUGGGCAGCUUACCUAGAGGGUGGGAGCAAGGGACCUGCUCCGCCGGGGGCACCGCCAGGAAGUACAGAGGGACCAGACAAACCAACCACAACCACAGAGGAGUCAUCCAGCAAGGCAGAGGGAUCUGUGACAGAGCCCUCCAACUCUCAGAGCCAGGAAGCAGGGGCAAAGGCAGCAGUAGACCCUGGGGUGGAACCAGAGACCCCUGAGGACGCAGAAGUAAGUUCCACUGACAGCAGCCUGGCAGGAAGUGAUGAAGAAGACACGUAGACAGACACACAGACAUCACUGUACAUCUCCUUGUGUUCAGCAUAUAAAAGGACAUCUGCUAAACUGCCCUACACCUCAGUGUUUGAUUGGUGGAGAGUGACACACUGAGGAAUAGGGCUAUUGGGAUGGAAAUACUCUGUUGCAUACUUAGCGAUGAAUAAAAAAAAAAGUAAUUUGUAUAUUUUCAAUUCUUUCCCGCCACAAUUACCUGUUUUAUUGAUUGACAUCAAUCAUUUGCAACAUCACUUUAAUGUCUUUUAUACUAGGAAUUUGUGUAAUGAACUAAAUGAUCUUGGUCUUGAUUUGAGUCAUCUGGAAUGGAUAUGCAGUUAGGGACCAAGCUUUGGAGAGGUCUUAAACUGAAAGGGUUUACAUCCAUGUUUCUCAUUGUCUCUCUUAAAUAUAGCACUGGACUCGAUUUCAACCUUAAAGCUGAAACUCAACCCUGUCUUGUCAUGAUUUGUUUUGAGAUGGAAAAUAAACUCAACGUUACCAAUGGCAACCAUGCAUGGUAUUGUAUGUAAUCUUUCACCCAUAUUAUUGAUUUCUGUGUCGUUAUUGCCAUGAGGCAGUAGACUUGUUUUGUGUGUGUGAA